AUGGAAACAACGAUCCUUUUUAUCUUGAUCUACGUCAUCACUUCAUCCUGGUGUCAAGAUGAAACAGUUUUUCACUGCUCACCCAAGCCUGGUUGUAAGAUCGCACAAUGUGAUCCGGUUGCUGUAGGGUGGGACAGUCCAGGUUUCAACAUUGAUGAACAUCUGCAUGACAAAGAGUUUCCGAUUACAUGCAAAUCUAAGAAUACGGUAUCAACUCAGAAUACUGUCAAUCUCUUUCCUUUAGUAUCGAGAAAUAUUUUAGAUAUCGGAAGUAUCAAAUCAGACUUAAAAGAACUGGAAGAAAACAUCAAUGAUAAAAUGAAAAACAUUGACGGUUUUGGAAAGGACGAAAGUCGCAACUCUAACAACAAAAUUGAAGAACAAGCAAAGGAAAUUAGCAAUCUUCAAACAAAAGCGAUAGAGCAGUCUGAAGAAAUGAAAAAACUGAAGAAAGAUUUGGUUGAAAUACAAGAAAAAAAUAAGCAAUUGGAAAAAGAAAUGGAUGAACAAAUGAAAACAAACAAUGAGAUGAACGAAGCAAUAUCACGAAUUGAACAAAAAUAUGCUGCAAUGGAGAGGUUCCAGCGUCUUGGACCUACAACAAGGCCGAUCACCAGGGCAGCGACAACGUAUCCAACAACAUUGAGACCAACUCCUUCCCCAGGAUACUGCACUGUGAAGUUUGGAAAUAUGUGUUAUUUCGCUUGGAUGCAAGAUAAAUUGGAAAUCACCUACAGAGAAGCGGUGGAUAUUUGCAAGUAUCGUAAUGCAAACGUGGGUUUGCCUAAAGAUGAAGAAUCGUACAAUGCAAUUGUGAAUUUCUUUAGAAAGAAAGUUCCAGCUGGAAGCCGUGAGAUUUAUAUAUGGAUAAGACUUUUUGUCAAUCCAAAGACUCUACGCGUCACACCUGCAAAUUCCUUUCAAAAAUGGCAUCCAGGUUUUCCAACAAUUGAAUACACAAAUGUUUUUCUGGGUGUUAAUGCCAAAGCAAAUGAUCAAUAUCAAGGGAUGAGAAAUGGUGAACCUGACUGGAAGCUUGAUGGAGUUAUCUGUGAGAUCCCGAUUUAAAGAAGCAUCUUCUUGUUUGUAUUUUCUUUUCUGGAUCUAUAAUCAGUAAAAUGUAAAUAAUCGGUUUUUAAU